AUGGCUCCUGCCCUGCCCUGGAUCAUUCCCCUGGGAUGUGUGCUGCUGCUCACAAAGACAGCUGAGAGCUUCAUCCUGCCCAACUCGAGCCACCUGGAGAGCAUCCUGAGCAAGUACCAGGAUGGGGAAGCUCACUCCAGGUCCAAGAGAGCCAUUUUGUUCUCGGACAGACAGGAGAUCCUGAUGCUCCACAAUAAACUGAGAGGUCAGGUGUAUCCAGUGGCCUCUAACAUGGAAUACAUGACCUGGGAUGAGGAGCUGGAGAGGUCAGCACACGCCUGGGCCCAGCAGUGCAUCUGGGACCACGGGCCCAGCGACCUCAUCAGGUCCAUUGGGCAGAACCUGGCUGUUCACUGGGGCAGGUAUCGGUCUCCAGCCUUCCAUGUGCAGUCCUGGUAUGAUGAGGUGAAGGAUUACACCUUCCCAUACCCCCACGAGUGCAACCCCUGGUGCCCAGACAGGUGCUCAGGUGCCAUGUGCACCCAUUACACCCAGAUAGUCUGGGCCACCACCAACAGGAUUGGCUGUGCCGUGAACGUCUGCAAGCAGAUGAAUGUGUGGGGGGAGAUGUGGGAGAACGCUGUCUACCUGGUCUGCAACUACUCCCCCAAGGGCAACUGGAUUGGGGAAGCUCCAUACAAGACCGGCCGUCCCUGCUCCGAGUGCCCUCCCAGCUAUGGGGGGAGCUGCCAGAACAACCUCUGCUACAAAGAUCACCGCUAUGAAGAUCCCAUCAUUGCUGAGGCAGACGAGACCAAUGAGGUGGAGAUCCCGCAGGUGGCCGAGCAGAAGCCGGUGCAGUUCCACCUUCCAGAAAACAAACCCAGCAAAACCCUCAGGCCCAAGAAAAUCACCCCAGAAUCCUACAUGACACAAGUCAUUACCUGUGAAACCAAGAUGAGAGACAAGUGCAGAGGCUCAACGUGCAACAGGUAUUUGUGCCCAGCUGGCUGCUUGUACAGUAAGGGAAAGAUCUUUGGAACAUUUUAUUAUGAAAGUUCCUCCAGCAUCUGUCGGGCUGCAAUCCACUAUGGAAUCCUGGACAACAAGGGAGGGCUGGUGGACAUCACCAGGAAAGGGAGGACUCCUGCUUUUGUCAAAUCCACCAGGAAUGGUGUGGAGUCAUUCAGGAAAAGCAAACCUUCGAAUGCAUUCAUGGUUUCUAAAGUCACAACACAGACUCUGGAUUGUUACACCACGGUAGCUGAGCUGUGCCACUUCAAAAAGCCAGCGAGCCACUGCCCAAGGAUUUACUGCCCUGCCCACUGCAAGGACGAGCCAUCGUACUGGGCGCCCGUGUUCGGCACCAACGUUUAUGCAGAUAGCUCCAGUAUCUGCAAAACUGCAGUGCACGCAGGGGUCAUUUCAGAUGAAAGAGGAGGCUUUGUGGACGUGAUGCCUGUGGAGAAGAAGAAAACCUACGUGGGCUCCUUAAGGAACGGCGUCCAGUCAGAGAGCUUGAAGAACCCUUCAGAUGGGAAUGCCUUCCGAAUCUUUGCUGUGAAGCAGUAA